GGAACGGGAAAGGGAGGUGGGAGGUGGCUGCCAGCCACGAGCGAGACGACCUCUUGCAUCGCGAAGGGGAAACUGAAUCGGGUGAACCGCCACAUUCAACGACGGGCUAGCUGUAUUUCUGACGCGUCAUGCUCCAGCUUCAGGAGGAAACGAAGCCUCCAGGAGUCGUGGCCAUUGUUCCCAGCAUCAUGAUCGGCCAUUGGGGCCCUGCCCGUCCUAUCCUCUAUCUCUCACCCUUCUCUCCCCUGACGCACGCACGUGGAAGAAGGUCUUCCGUUGGGAGCAGUUUGUUUGAUUGUGAAUUCCGAAACCCCUCGUGGGAAGGGAGAUGGGUCAGACGGGACAUCGAACGAACUGCUUGUCGAGGUAUCUACUGUGUAAGGGGGUCAUCGACGUCCAGGUCUAGGUCUAGGCCACGAGCUCUGAGCCGGGUGGGCGAAGGAGACUUUUCGUCCGGUUUCUCACCCCGGAGAGAGAAGUUUUGCUGUUCAGGCCAGUGUCGACAAGCUCUCUCUGUCUCUCGGUGGUUGUACGAAGGUAUGUGGGAGUAUAUGAUCUCAUGCGGCAGCGGAAAAGGGGUGGACGGUGACGGGUGGCUUGGGGGAACAGAAACGCAGGACAAGGGGAGGAUAAGUCGGGACGGCGGCGAGGCAGGCACAAGGAACAGCUUGGGCAACCCCCCCCCCCCCGUAUCCCGGAGUGCAAGACGGCCCAGAGGUUUCUACGUCACGCAGGGAGAUCCCAUCCCCGGGGAAAGGCAGCGCCGUUUCAGGAUGUUGGUCUUGUGGUUCACCUCGUUCAACUCCGUUCUGGCGUCUGCAGCUUGCAAGUUCGUGUGGGUUCGAGAUACGGGAGAUACCCCGUGCUAGGCUCGCGUGAGGUUAUCGACGGUUGGGUUUUCUUGUGUGCCUGGAGUACCUGGAGUUUGAAAGACAAGUGUGAUGGCCAAGGGUUCCAGGAGAGCCGAUGGUCCGGUCUUUGAUGCGUGCGUUGCAUCUCAUCUAGAGUGAUGAGGGAUGGCCAUCUCGAUG